CGAAGGAAACGCAUUCUCCAGCGCUCUCUUCACUGAAUCGCGUACUCAAGAAGUGUAUUUUCUGCUGCGCAACACUUUCAGCGGAGUUGGAUUUUACUCGCGAAUUUUUCUCGGCAAGAACCGCUAUAAUGUCGAUGACCGUAAAAGCUUACAUGCUUGGCAAGGACGACUGCCAUAAGGAGAUCCGUCGCUUUGCCAUUGAUCAAGAUGUGUCAACAAGUUUUGAGUAUUUGAAACGAAAAUUGCUCGAUGUUUUCGUCGGUCUCCGGACUACGCCGUUUCAACUGCACUACAAAGACGAGGAUGAUGACAUGAUCGCUUUCUCUUCUGAUGAUGAGCUCAUGAUGGGUUUGGGUCUGGUAAAGGAUGACACGUUCCGUCUCUUCAUCAAGCAAAGAAAGGAGCACAAACGUGACUCCUCACCUCAUGGGUUCCCUGGGUUCUCAUUUACCACACCUCAUGGAGCCCCCCACUUUAGUCCUCAAGGACCACCUCAUAUGGGCCCACCAGGACCACCUCAUAUGGGCCCUCCUGGACCACCUCAUAUGGGGCCUCACCCUCAUCACACUCCACUAGUGCAUACAGGAGUGACCUGCGAUGGAUGUGAGGGACCGGUGGCUGGAACACGUUUUAAGUGCACCGUUUGCCCAGAUUACGACUUGUGCUCUAGCUGCCAGGCUAAAGGCCUCCACAAGGAGCACGCUUUGCUACCCAUCUUUCACCCUAUGGCCAACAUGUUUGAGUGGCAGCCUCGUGGGAAGUUUUGGCGCAAGAUGAGACACUGCAUGUGGGCAAAUGCCCAGGCUCAAGCUCACCCCCAAUGCCAGGCUCAAGCUCACCCCCAAUGCCAGGCUCAGCCCAGGCCAUCUGGAGACCAGCAAAAUCAGGAUACCUCCCAAAACACAGGAGAGAAUGGUGCGAAUCCUUCCCAGGCUAAUGUGGAUUACCUGAAGAACAUUGGAGAGGAAGUAGCAGCCUUGUUGAGUCCUUUUGGCAUAGAUGUGGACAUCGAUGUUGAGCAUGAAGGGAAACGCACCAAAGUUACACCAACUCCUUCUGCCUCCAGUGGUCCACCUAGUGGUCAGAGUGACAGUGGAUCCAUCGGGCUACUCUCCAGGGGGUCGGCUCCAGGAAGUCAGGCUUCUGAAGAGAGUAUCAGUGAGGGAACAAAGGGACAGAAAGACCCAAGCAGUGAUGAGGAAUGGACUCAUCUGAGCUCUAAAGAGGUGGACCCCUCCACAGGAGAGGUGCAGGUACUCCGGAUGGAGCAGGAUGGGGCGAAUGAUGUUCCAGCUCCUCUAAGUGCCGCAACAAGCACAAGCUCCACUACACAGGGCCCUACAGGUCUACGAGAGGCAGCGCUCUACCCACACCUUCCUCAAGAUGCAGACCCUAGGCUGGUAGAGUCCCUUUCUCAGAUGCUCUCCAUGGGCUUCUCUGAUGAAGGUGGCUGGCUAACCAGACUGCUCCACACCAAAAGUUAUGACAUCGGAGCAGCUCUCGACACCAUCCAGUACUCCAAAUCAAAUAGCUCACAGAAGUAAAGGAGAAGCACAGGAACACAGAAGACCUGGGCCAUAUUUACUCAAUGAUGUUUGAAUACUAAAGCAUUUUCUAUUAAGUUAGCUUUUCCAUACUUUUUAAAUGACAAUUUCUUGUCGUAAUAUUAACAAUAUUAAUUACUCACUCAGGUAACUAGCAUUAUUUGGGCAGUUUUAGUCAACAUUUCUUAAAUUAGCAUUAUAAAUGUAAAACUUCAUAUUAUCUUUACACUAUAUAUAUAUAUAUAUAUAUAUAUAUAUAUAUAUAUAUAUAUAUAUAUAUAUAUUAUAUUUUACACAUACAUUUAAGUGGUUGGUUAAUGGCAUUUAACUCUGCUUUGAAAUAUGCAAUGGUGAUUUGUUAGUUUGCAUUUA